CCACUACCACCACCACCAUUUGGCCGCGAGGGAUUGCGCAAAGAUGUCCAAUUGAGCCGGCGGAAACGAUCAGCAAUCGCGUACAAGGUCUUACACAAAGCAUCCCUUUCGCCAAGACCAGGGCAUUUCCAAUUGGGCUGUCGUUUGUGCGAGCUCCGCGACCAGACCGCGCCGCGUGUAAGACGAAUGCCAACAUGGGUCUGGAGGGCUCAGGGGACGCGUGGUUUGAGCUGCAGAAUCGAGUUGCCAGCUCGGCGUCGCCAUCAUUGCUUUCAUCUGGCUCGUCAGCAUUACACCCACAAACAGGCUUGGGGAGGGGUGCAUCCGCUGGCAGCGACUACAGCAACAGCGCAGAUGGCAGCCUUGACAGCGACGAUGCCGACGUAGCUCGUCAUCACCACGCCGACGAUAUCGACGAUCUGCGCGCCAGUCGGAAGUCCUUACCCCGCCAUUCAAGAAUGAGGACGGGACACCACUCCAGCGGCGACGACACGGCUAGUAGCGGGCACAACAGUCGCGCCAGCAGCGUGGCCAGCUUCCAGCUCUACACGCCAGACGAGGAGAAUGCGGUAGUCCGCAAGUUUGACCGCCGGCUCGUGUUGUUCUUGAGCUUGUGCUAUAUGCUUUCCUUCUUGGACCGGUCAAACAUCGGCAAUGCACGCAUCGCAGGCAUGGAGGAGGACCUGCAGACCUCACCACCACGGGAUGAGUGGUACGAAUGGUCACUCUCCAGCUUCUAUAUCUCCUACAUCGCCUUCGAAUGGAUGGCUUUGUUAUGGCGGCUCAUUCCGGCACAUAUCUAUGUCUCUGCGGUCAUCCUGUCAUGGGGUAUUAUAGCUUCGCUACAAGCUAUUGCUACGUCCUAUCCGAUCCUUAUAUUUUUGAGGACGCUACUCGGAAUUGGCGAGGCGGCCUUCACUGGCGUUCCUUUCUACCUGUCUUUCUUCUAUAAGAGACAUGAACUCGCCUACCGAACAGCCAUGUUCAUUUCUGCCGCUCCUUUGGCCACCACUUUUGCGUCCUCCCUAGCAUGGCUUAUCCUCAAGGUUGGCGAAGCAGGGCCCAUUGCACCAUGGCGCCUACUUUUCCUUGCUGAAGGGUUCCCCUCCGUAAUUGUUGCCACGCUCGCAUGGAGCAUCAUACCUGACACGCCUGGCUCUGCUUCGUACCUCACCCCACGUGAGAGAAAAGUGGCCCGACUCCGCCUCCGACAUGCAAAGUCCUCGGAGACAAAGUCGCAUGGUGCCUCGCCGCAAUCUGGGUUCAAAGCUAGAGAGUUGUUUGCAGUAUUCGUCGACUACACGGCCUGGAUCAUGGCAUUUAUGUUCUUCCUCACAAACAUGGCCUACGCGUCGUUGCCCGUCUUUCUGCCAACCAUCAUCAGGGAGAUGGGCUUCACUGCGCUUGAGGCACAGGCAUUCUCGGCACCGCCUUAUCUCGUCUCCUUUAUAUCAGUCUACGUGACAGCCUGGCUAUCUGACCGAUCACAGAGCAGAGCAGGCUACGUCAUAUUCCAUGCCUUGUGCUCAGCAGCUGGUUAUGCUGUGCUAGCCCUGGCCCAGCCGCUUAGCCUUGGUCACACAGCACGAUAUCUGGCAGUCUACCCCGCUGCAAUGGGGUUCUUCAAUGUGGUAGUCCUGACAAUAGCCUGGACCGUGAACAACCAGCAAUCAGAAAGCCGGCGCGGAGGUGGCUUCGCUCUUCUGCAAGUCAUCGGGCAGUGCGGUCCCAUCGUGGGCACGCGUCUGUACCCGAAGAAGGACGGUCCAUUCUUUGAGCCCGGCAUGAGAGCGUGCGCCGCGGCUAUGCUUGGUGUGGCGGUUUUGGCGCUGGCCUUGAGAAUUGUCCUUGCGUGGCAGAAUAGGAAGCUCGCCGCGGAUCAAGAUGAGGCAACUGAAUAUGUAGCUCUCGAGACCUUUGAGUCUGAAGCGGACGGCCUGGUAGCGUCCCUGGAUCGCGAAGCAAACCUCCAACGUGAUCGCAGUCGAGAAGUCUUCAGGUAUAUGCUGUAGCUUACUGGGUCAUGGACAUGGAUUCGGCAUUCUCGACGACGUAGUCAGGCUACCCGAGAAAAGAUGGCCAAGCUACCAAAGCUCGCUAUUGAAUCAUGCAGAUUUGGUCCAGUGCUUUCUUUCUUGUUGAAUGCCUGCUUCUGCCGUUUAAAUGUGCUUAUGGCUUUUGUCGCAGCCGAAUGGACCACGGCGUCUCUUGCUGCCUUCUAUGAGAUACAGUCUAUGGCCUUUGAGAGAAUCUGCCGAGUCGAGCACAGCAUUCGGGUU